AUGUCUUCUUUUCACCAACUCAUACAUAACAUGAAACCACCUUCUUCGUCUCUCACCUUCGCUCGUCCAAUCCCACAAAUACGUUAUCUCCCCUUCAUGUAUAUCGGAAUUGUAAAAGAUUCACACUCAUCUGUCUGUCGGUCUAUCUAUCGAUCUAACUAUCUGGAUCUGUUUAUAUCUAUCUAUCUAUCUAUCGAGAUCUAUCGCUACAACCCGCAGCAAUCUAUCUAUCUAUCUAUCUAUCUAUCUAUCUAUCUAUCUAUCUAUGCUUAUAUAUAUUUAUCUAUCUCUAAUUUCAUUUGUUUAUUCAUUUUUUAUCUUUCUUUUCAUCAGUCCGCAUUUUUUAACCUGUCUUUGUAUUCCACCUUUUUAACCAGACAUUUUUUUUCCUUUCUUCAUUUUCUUUGUCCACACGCCAUUGUUUGUUUGCUUGUUUGUUUAGUUCUUUCUCUCUUUCUUUUUCUGCCGUCUUUGUACGUCUCUUUCUUUUUCUGCAAUUUCCAUACAUUUCUUUCUUUCUUUAUUUAUUUUUCUGCAGUUUUCAUACAUUUCUUUCUUUAUUUAUUUAUUUAUUUAUUUUUCUGCAGUUUUCAUACAUUUCUUUUUACUUUUUCUGCAGUUUUCGUACCUUUCUUUCUUUCUUUUUCCGCAAUUUUCGUACCUUUCAUUCUUAAUUUUUUUCUUUCUUUUUCUACAGUUUUCGCACUUUUCUUUCUUACUUUUCUUUCUUUUUCUGCGGUUUUCAUACCUUUCUUUCUUUCUUUCUUUCUUCCUUUACUAUAUUUAAAAUAUGUAUAUACUUGCAUUGUUUGCUUGUUUGUUUCGUUCUUUCUGUCUUUCUUUUCCUAUCGUCUCCGUACCUUUCUUUCUUAUUCUGCAAUUUUCAUACAUUUUUUUCUUUCUUUCUUUAUUUAUUUAUUUAUUUUUCUGCAGUUUUCAUACGUUUCUUUCUUUGUUUUUUCGCCAUUUUCGUACCUUUCAUUCUUUCUUAAUUUUUCUUCCUUUUUCUGCAAUUUUCAUACUUUUCUUUCUUUCUUUUUCUGCGGUUUUCAUACCUUUCUUUCUUUCUUUCUUCCUUUCUCCUAUAAGCGACUAUAUUUAAAAUAUGUAUAUACGUAG